AUGGCAAGCUUUUGGCGUAAAAAUUGCAAUUCGAAUACCACUAAGCAAGUUAACCGGGAUCAGGUGAAGACGAAUGUGCCAUCCAUUGCCAAAUUUAUCGACAAAGAUGAUGUCUUCAGGCUGAUUCUGAGAGAGGGCAAGUACCCCUAUGAAUAUAUGGACAAUUGGCAAAAAUUUGAAGAGUUGGAGCUACCCCCCAAGAAGGCCUUCUACAGUAAACUUAAUAUGAAGGGGAUAAGCGACAAUGACUAUGCAUACGCAAAAGAGCCGACGUCUUCGAGACGUUUCGAGGCGUCUCCUUGGACAAAUACAGCCUUGACCCUGCACACUUCUACAGCGCACUUGGCUUGGCAUGGAAUGCACUCACUGAAAUUUACGAGCAUAAGGUUAGAGGUUCUCACAGAUCCCGAUAUGCUCCUCAUGUUCGAAAAAGGUAUUUGUGGAGGUAUAGUCCAAGCCGUACAUCGUUAUGCCAAAGCAAAUAAUAAGUAUAUGGGAGAUCAGUAUAUCCCCAAUGAGGAGUCCUCCUAUCUCCACUAUCUGGAUGCAAACAAUCUAUAUGGAUGUGCAAUGCGCCAAGACUCGCCAACGGAUGGCUUUAAACGUGGUGUGGUAUUAAACUUCGAGGCAUUCACAGAAAGGCGGAUUGGUAAGCUCGUUGAUGGGAACAAGCAUGGGUACAUUUUAGAGGUCGAUAUCGGGUACCCGAAGGCACUUCACGAUAAACAUAAUGAGCUACCGUUCCUACCCGAACGUAAGAUGAUCCACAAGGUCGAGAAGUUGGUCCCGAAUCUGAGUGAUAAACGUCGAUGUGUGGUGCAUAUCAGAGCCCUUCAUGAGGCUAUAAAACCUGGUCUUGAGCUCAAGAAGGUGCAUAGGGUGAUUCGGUUUAACCAGAAGGCAUGGUUGAAAGUGUACAUUGAUCACAACACGAGGUUGAGAACAAACGCGAAGAACAAGUUCGAAAAGGACUUUUACAAGCUCAUGAAUUUAAGUGUAUUUGGAAAGACGAUGGAGAACAUUAGGAACCACCGCAACAUCCAACUGGUCACCAAUGAGGAGAAGUACACGAAACUUGUGAUGAAACCGAAUUUCAAGGAUGUAAAUCGGUUUAGCAAGCACCUCCUAGGUGUUGAAAUGGGCAAGACCGAGGUCAAGAUGAAUAAGCCGGUCCAAAAUAUGGUAGCAAGCUACAGCUCUGUUAUAUGGACACAGGACGUCGAAAAAAGAUUCGAUACAAGUGCCUAUAAUCCCAAUGAUGGGAGACCUCUUCCUAUAGGAAAAAACAAGAAGGUGGUGGGCUUGAUGAAAGAUGAGCUGGGUGGGAAGGUCACGAAAGAGUUCAUUACGUUGAGGGCCAAGGCAUACGCAUAUAAAAGCCUUACCAAGAAAGGCGGUGAUCGAAAAGCGAAAGGCGUCAGGAGGUGUGUCACCAAGAAGUCGAUAACCUUCGAUGACUAUCAACGAUGUCUGGAGGAGGGCGUUGACAUAUACAAAAGCCAGAUCUUAAUCCAAAACAAGGUCCAUAAGAUAUAUAACCAAGAAGUAUUGAAGUUGGCACUAAACCGGGCAGACGAUAAACGUAUCGUACAAUUGGACCAGAUUACAACGCUUGCAAGAGGCCAUUACCGUCUAACGUCUACGGGGGAAUAA